AUGGCAGACGAGGAUGAUCCAGUCAUCGCAUCCUAUGAUGUGAUCCUCACGGGCCCGCCAGCAACGACAGACCCAUAUUCGGCGCCGACCUCAACUGAUGACUCCCAGCUCUUCGUGCUGCAAUAUCCUGCUCACCGUCCAUCCUCUCGCCCAUAUUCGGCCUCCCGACAACAGAAACCCCAGUCUCUGAAAUACAAGAAGAACACCGGUGUAUUGGAGCUCGAGGUGCCCAUAGUGACGUCUGAAUACUACAACGAAGAGGCCGGUUCAAGAUAUGGCGCAGCUGUGGCAGAUAGUAGGACGAUUCGGGCUGGCGGCUCGCAUGGCUUGGCCGGAGGCUUCAAUUCUGGGCCGGCGCAAGUAGGCUCUUUACAUGAUGUACCAUCGCACCAGGGCGCAGCUUUUUCACGAUCCGCUCUGGCUACACAGACUUUGGGAGGCAAAAUUGCGAAACAAAGCGAACGAGAGCCAAUCUACUUCUUGGGCUCAUUGCGCAACGACGUGCUUCACCUCUCGCAUCUGGAUGCUGUGGUUCAGAUGCGGCCUCAGCUCCAUCAUAUAGAUGCCGAAGACGAAAACAACCAGCGCCGACUGCAGAUGAGUGGCGCUGCAGCCAACAAGGCCAAACCUGGCCUCGAGGUUGCUCCCAAACUGGAAUCAAAAGCCAUCGAAAUCAAGCUCAAAGACAGCAAGGAAGACCCACGAGACCGCAGCCUAAACGCUAGCAGCAAGAUGCUACGAGAUAUCCAGAUCGAUCCCUGGCAGCUCCACGAGUGGGUUGACCAAGAGGACGAUGCAGCACAGUCUCGCGCCGAAAGCCAUCUAUACAGUGCGGAGCAAUUCGAAGACAGCCCAGCUCUGAAGAGCAUGAUAAGCAACGGUGACUGGCUUGAUCGCAUGAGUGCUCCACGCGAAGAUGGGAAGAAGGGGCUUCUAGCAAAGCUACGGGGUCGAGAGCGAGAGCGAGCACGUCGGAAGAAAGCUGAGGAGGAGAAGAAAUUGAAGUCCAGAGAGGCGGUAUUAUCUGCAGAUCCUAGCAAGGGCCCAUUACUGGAACAAAGCUCAGACAGUGAUCUGAGUAGCCCGGAGGCCUCUGACCUGGAGCAAGAUAUGGACACCGACACCAACAUGCACGACACCGCGGAUACCGCCAUCACGAUUAAAGAAGAACCUGAGCAUGCGCCAGAAAUUCCUGCCAGGAAGAGAGGUCGGCCAAAGAAGGUCCAGCCUGGCAACACCAAAGAUACACAGAGCUAA